AUGACGUCCACCAGCGCAAACCAAUCUUCAAAAGGCGUAGAGCUCCUCGCCAUCCCUGGAGCCAUCGCCACCCAAGAGUACGAGGGCGAUACAGUCGUCCUGGCCUCUGGCACACUCCAAUCUCUGCUCGUCAGUAUUGAGCUGCAAGAUGCUACCAGACCAAGCACCACCUUCUCUUCGCGUGAGAAGGAACCCAAUUACGCCACCGAUCUCUGGUUGGUCCUCUCCAUCGGCGACGACUUUUCUCUUCCAGUAGCAGCCACCCAAACCAUCAUUCCCCAGGGCGACCUAUCCAAGCGCUCUUACGUCUUCCCCUCGCUCGAACUCGAAGGCGCUUCCAUCAAAAUAGCUCUUCCGCCAACUACCAGUAUGGCACAUGUGUCUCGCUUCCAGCAGAUUCUGUCGCAAUACGCUGCAUAUCACGACGAGGACCGUUCGGAUGCAGGCGCCAUGGAGCUUAUGGACGAAGACGGCAGAGUAAUUGGCGUAAUCCAGGACUUCACGGUACACGAGUCGGAUGCCAUGUCUGACUCCGGCAAUGAAAAGGCUCCUGUGCUGAUUGAGCUUCCUCCCGAGCCCACCAACGAUAGUGUAAAGCAAAAUGCCGAAGCUGACGUCCUCUCUGCUGAAGAGAGGCGCGAUUGGAUGAUUCGUGGUGCCGACACCAUCUCGCGUACCAUCAUCAAAGCGUCCGAGUUCGUCGGAGGCAAAAUUCAAGAUGCUGCUGAUUCCUACAUCGCCAAGUCUCCUGCUGCCGGCUCGUCCGGAACGUCGACCCCCAACAAUGAAAGGGCCGGGGUUGGCCGUGACCCGGUCAAGUUCGGGCCUAAGACGCAUGCGGGAGUACGAACGCUUCACGAUUGGUCUGGUUCUGCCGUCCAGGUGUCCUCCAAAACCACUGGUGCUAUCCUCCGUGUAGCAGGCAACGUCGGUGACAAGAUCGGCAAAAAGACAGGCAUCCAGCGCAAAGUUAACCCCGAUGGCACCGCCGGUCCCGCACCCACUGGUAUCCGUGGCUUCAUCAACCGCAGCCUCAUCGCCGCCAACACCGUUCUCGACGGUAUUGACACUGGUGCUCAAACGCUACUCUACACCGGCGGUCAAGCCGCAUCUGACGUUGUGGGCCACAAGUAUGGUCCCGACGCACGCCAGGUAGCAGAAGGUGUCGGCGGUGCAGGUAAGAACGUCUUUAUCAUCUACAAAGAUGUUCGUGGCAUCCGACGAAGUGCACUCCUCAAGGCUGCACGUACUCGUGUUAUGAAGGCCAAACUGGAUGAUGGCCGAGAGGUGACCAUCAAGGUCAACGAGAAAGGUGAGGCUGUCGCUUCCGAUAUCUCCAACCCCAUCAGAGCUUCAACUAGCGCAUCUACGCAAGCUUCUGCGACUAGGGAAAAGUCUCCGAGACCCCCUCCUUACUGA